AUGGCUGAGAAAAUAAUCGAAUGGAAAAACCAAACUUGUUUCAGUGAAAAACCAAUAUCCAUUAUUGACAGUGGAAUUACGUGCAACGUCAAGAUUGUAGAAAACCGAGUUCACUGGAGAUUUGCGUGGGUUGGUGCGGAGCCGGUGUACGGUUUGGCCGGUCACGUAAUCAUCAAGCCAUCAGCAAACUCGAGAGCACAGUUCCAUCAACUUUGAUGUAUUUUUUGUUGCAUUUGAGACUCCACUAGAUGAAUAUGAGACAAUGUUCGCCAAGUCGAAUAGAACAAACGCGGUUCUGAUGGUUGAUGGGAAGAAGCUUCACGUGAACAAAACGCUUCUAUCCCUCCACUCUACUCAUUUCAAAAAAUUGUUCCAAUCUGAAGGAGACCAGCUUCCAGUCGACAACAUCAGCUACGAAGAUUUCGCUCUUUUGAUCAGCACCAUCCAGCCGAACCCCAUCUAUCCAAAUCACUUCACCGCGGAAAAGAUCCUCGAAUUGGCUGUCCGAUUCCGCAUUCCAGCUGCAACUGCACUUGUUGAAAAUCAGCUCGUCAACUACAGCUCCUUUUCUCAUGGAAAACUGUUGUUGAUUGCUGAUAAGUACGGAUUGGAGAGACUUUUGGACCAGCAAGUGCGGAAAAUAUACACAAAGGAGGUUGCAGAGGAGCUGAAGACGUGCGCCGAGUUCCCACAGCUUUCGGAUAAUGCUAAGGCAAAAGUUGCCGACUUUCUUUUGCCAUUGUUUACCUAG